UUUAAACAUUCAAAACUUCAAUUAGUUUUAAAAUACAUAGAAAAAAUAUUUUAGGAUAUAAAGUAUUGGAUGCAUUUCUUUAAUGAACCUGAUGGCAUCUUAGACGAUCUAUGAUUUGUUCAUAUAACUCUAAUAGUGCUAUUUAUUCUUUAUAACUCAUAAUAAUAGAUCGGUGUUUCUCCAGACAUUAUUUCAUUGAUCUAAACAUAAUUUCUAAAUAGCAUCUUAGGUGAUUUAAUGAGAAUUUUCAUAGAGGGAUAACUAAAUUAAAACUUUAUACUUUAAGAAUUCUUUGUUUCACAGUCUUCAUCUGUUCUAUGUUCAAACUUUUUAGAGUUUUCAAAUAGAAAACUAUUCUUAUUAUGUAUCUGUUUUUUGAAUUUUGAUUAAUUUUAGUGUAUGUAAGUAUAUAGAUAUGCAUUAUAUAUAUAUACAUACUGUAUAUAUGCAAUCUAAUAAUAAUAUCAAGUAUUUUGAUGUAACAUAUAUUUUAGACCAUUGCUUCUCACACUGUCUGUGGACCAUUGCUGGUCCACAAACAGUUUAUUACUGGACUACAAUGAAAUUUCACUUAAAAUUUCAUAGUUUUAUAUAUUACAUUAGAAAAACAAUGUAAUAAAAUGAUUGUUUGAUUUGAAACAAUAGCCUGAUGAUGGCCUUUAGAAAGUGCCAAAAAAUGUUUGCUCAGGGUGAAUCAACUGGUGUUUUUAUCAAUUUGAAAAUGAUUAUGGUGUAUAGUAUAAGGUAUAAAAUAGUUGUAAUCAAUAUAUUGUAACUUUUAUUUUAAUAAAAUAGAAAUCUAAAUGUUACACAAACUAGCAGAAAACUGGUUACAGUAUUGAAUUAUUUUAUUAACUAAUUGGCUAAUAGAAUGAUUCAAUCUGUUAGAGAUGAGAUAAAUUUUCAAUGUGUUCUGGUAAAUUCAUUUUAUGAUUACUGUAUAAUACAUUUGUAUAAUUUAUAAUGUUUGUUGAAUCUGAAGAUUAUCCUUUAAAAAACUUGUUUGAAACACAGAAUGAAUGCUGGAAAAUUAAUUGUAAAUAUACCAGUUAAUUUGAUUAUAAAUAAAAUCUCAUCUCUAUAUGUCUUUCCAGCAUAUUAAUUUUGUAAGAAAUAAUUCUGCAUUUUAAUAGAAAAUUUAGAAAUAUAAAUUUUUUUAUUAGGAACACCUAAUAUGUUAGUUCGCAGUUCGUCUAAUGAAGAUGGUUUUCGUCAUCCAUAUCCACCUGGAAUGAGAGCUCGCUUUCCACAGUCUGGUUCAGAAAUUCCAUUUAGGCAUCCUUCCCAAGUUGUUGAGCAGCGUUUAAUUGCUUUAAGAGGGGGACCUCAAGAAGCACGUUUUCGCAUGUUAAUGUUACAACAGCAACAGCAGUUACAGGUUAGGAGUCAACAAUGGCCAGCAGGACAGAUUUGUAUGCCCGGCCCAAGAAUGUCGACUGGAUUUUCUAAUGCACAAUCUGACCAAUAUGAGCAUAUUUUGCAUCAGAGAAAUCCUCAGUUACAACAAGCCUCAACUCAAGUUGGAAUUGAAACUGCUGUAAGGUUUGGUCAACCUGCUGUGGGAAAUACACCAUCAAUUAGCAAUACUAUUAUUUCUAUGCAUGGAACAGCACAUAUUCAUAAUAAUAAUAAUGUUUCACCACCCAAUGUUGUUGUUACAACAAGUCAAGGUAUUAUUAGUCCUAGUGAUGUUGCAUCUUAUACAACUACCACAGUUCCUGUUGUAGAAAGUAUUUCUUCAAUUACAGUAAAGACAACAGUAUCAAAAACUCAGAAUUCAUCAGGAACAGUAAAUAGUACUCAGAUAACAAAUACUAUUUGUCAUACAAGCCAAACUCCAUCUUUAUUACAUCAAGAUUCUAAUAAUGAAAAACAGUCAUCUCCAGCAGCAUCAGAAUCAGUUAUUUCUUCUUCUUCACAAUCAGAGAAUGCUGAAAAGCAUCCUAUAGAUAUUCGUUCAGAUAAAGUUGAUGCAACUGAUAAACUCUCCCGAAGAAAACCUACUGCUGGAGAUUUAGUAAAAGAAGUUGAAGAGCAAGCUGCUGAACAGGAGACUGUUACAGGAGGAGAAGCUGAUGAUGAAGAAUUAGAUGAUGAUGAACUUUUAGGUUUAGGUAAUGACUUCAACAUCUUAGAAUAUGCUGAUCCUGAACUUGAUAAAGGACUUGUUGGUGAAGGUGAAAAAAGCAAUAUUUUGGAUGAGCAUUUAGAUUUAGAUGACAAAGAUGAUGAACUUGAUGAGGAAGUUGAAGAAAUGAAAGCUAGAUCUGGAGAAGGUAAAAAAGUUAAUGUUGAAAUUAAACAAGAAAUUAAUGCAGAAGAAGAAAAAAAGAAACAAAGUGAAAAUGAAGAAGGAAAACUUGGUCUUCAAAAUGAAUUAAAUAACGCUGAUUUUCAAACAAAAUUUUUAGAAUUUAGUCAACAAAGAGAAUUGGAAAAGAAUGAAGAAACUUUUGAAGAAGAAAGUAUUGAUUCUAAUAUAAGUAGCAAAAUAGAGGAAGGUGAAAAUAAAAAUGUAUGUAAAUUAAUUUCUACUUCAUCAUCAUCAUCAUCUGUCAUUGCUUCUGAUGAUUUAACAACUUGUCAGUCUGUUGUAUCAUUUACUAACGUCACUACUACUGUUGCUUCAAAUGUUCUUACAUUUUCUUCAUCAGAUCAGUUGCAGAUUUCACAACAUGGAAAUGGAAAUAUUAAGUCAACAAUAAUAGCACCAUCUCCUCCAGGAACAUUUGGUCAACCUCAAGUAUCUCUCCAUAGGGAACAAGAAAAUAACUCCCCAAAUCAAACACAUUUUGUUGAUCAUUUAAGAAUUUCUCAACCACCACCAUAUCCAGCUAAUGUUCCUCCUCCACCUCCCUAUCAAGCACAUAAUUUAAGACCCCAAAGUAUGUCAGUUCAGCAGCAAGUAAUAACUAGUCCAAGAGGUAUAUUUCCAAAUCAGUCUCUUACUAGAGCUAAUCUCUCAUCUAGUCAAGUUCUGUCUUCUAAUGGACAAGAAAAAUCUUUGCUCCAAGAACAGCCACUGCUCUUAGAGGAUCUAGUUGAACAAGAAAAAAGGGAACAAAGACGACAGAAUCAAGAAGGAAUAAUAUCUCCACAUGCAGAUGCUCUGCUUAGUGAUAUUGAUUUUGAACGAUUGAAAGCUGAUGUGUUAUCAGGCCCACCAGAUGAUUCACUUGGUGGACCAGGGUCUUUAAUCUCUUCACAAGGUUCUCAAACAGUAACCACAAAUCAAAUAUCAUCUACUCCUCAAUGUUUUCCUCGUCCUCAUCUAACAUUAACCUCUAAUCAGCAGCAUUCACCUUCUGCUUGGCAAACACAAGAUCAGACUUUAAUUAAUCCUUGUUCUCCACGUACUCCUGGUUCAUUACAUCCUUCACCCAUACGACCUUCAAUAAUGUCACCUUCCAUUGGAACAAUAGGUAUACAUCCAGCAAGUAUGCUUCAUGGUGAACCUCCUGUAAGAGCAAAUCUUUCAAGAUCAAAUACGUCACCUGGUUUAAUUGGUAAUGCAAUAGCUAUUGCAAGACCUCCUUUUCCUAUGUCUUCAAUACCACCACCGCCGAUGCCACCUUCUGAACCAGUUACAGAACAGGAAAGACAACAGCAGGCAAAAUAUGAACAGUGGUUACUUCAGCAACAAAACAUUUUAAAUGGACAUCAAAAAUAUUUAGAAACAGAAGUUGGAAAACUAAGAAAAUUAAAAAAAGCACUUAAUGCGAAACAACGCCAACUUCGUAAAAAUAAUCAAGAAUUAGCUGAUCAUGAUGCGUCAGAGCUUGCAAGAAUUAGUCAAGAACAAUCAACAUUACAGAAGCAGUUGGAUCAGGUAAGGAAACAAACGCGCCAACACAGUAUGCUUUUACAAGAAUAUAGAAUGAAACAACAAAAAAGACAACAACAAAUAGGAGUAGGAUCUCCUGGUCAAGUUCAUCCUGUAAUGGUGGGAAUGCAAACCUCUCCAUUAGGAGCUUCUCAUUCACCACAUAGAGCUGGAUCUGGAACGCCACAGUCUCCAAUGAUGUCACCUUCUCCCAUUGGUCCAUCUCCAUCACCUCGAAUGCCACAUUCUCCAUCUCCAUUAAUGCAGAAUUCACCUGCUACAAUGUCACCUUCACCAUUAAUGCAACAACAGUCUCCUCUUGGACAAUCUCAAAUAUUAUCUCAAUCAGUAACUCAAGCUGAACAUAUAUCUCGUCCUCAUCAAGUUCAUAUUUCCCAGGAUGAUAAUAAUCCUUUUAGUGAAAGUUUUCAACAAAGAGAACAACUUGAAAAACUUCAAGGUCAUCUUACAAACACUCACCAAAAUGAUUCGGAAAUUAUUCAAAAAGAUUUGAAUUCAGAUCUUGUUGGUCAGCCAUUUCCAUCACUUCCUGGAAAUUCUCAAAUUCAUCCUCAAACUUCCAAUUUGCAUGCUGUAAGUGGAUCAGCUGUACGACCUCCACCACCAUAUCCUCAUCAUUUACGUCCAGCACCUUCUUUGUUACCCACAAAUGUUAAUUCUACAUUGAAAUUAGAAUCAACAAACAUUUCAUCUCAGAAUCAGAAUUCAUCAUUUGUAAAUUCUUCUAGUUUGCAUAAUGUUUAUAGAUCAGCUCCUCCUCCAAACAUUACCCCGUAUAGAGAGUUAAUAUGUCAAGAACAAUCUAUCCGUACUGGAAUAGUCUCAAUAAAUUUAUCCUCAACAGAAUCUUCAACCUCUAUAAAUUCUGAAAUCAACCAACAAACCCCAACUACUUUCUCUUAUGUUAUCAGAGGUACUGAGAUUCAACCAAUGCAAUUAAAAGAAUCAAAUAAACAAGAAAAUGAACAACUUAAAAUUGCAGAAUUUUCUUCUUUAAAUAAUGCACAGUGUUUUCAAAGUGAUAAAGGAGAAGUAAAUGAAGAACAAAAAUCUAGUUUUCAACUAGAAUCUGUUUCUAAUGAAACAAAUGAAAAUGCCUGUAAUGUACAAAUUUCAAAUUCUGAAAAUCAAAGUAUCAAAAGUGAUGCUAUUCAGUCUGUGUUUCAUCAAACAGAUAAAUGUGCCAAAGUUGGCAUUAAUACAAAGAAUAGUUCUGCUCUAACAAAUAAUCAGAAUGUGACAUUACAGUUACAAAAUUCUACUACUAUAAUAAAUACACAGAAUAGUUGGACAGUAAAUAAUAGUGGAUCAGAAGAAAGUGCUCUUACAUCACUAAAAAUUUGUUCAAAUAAAUCUAUCUCAGAUAAUCAACUUAAAGCUGAACCUGAAAAUGCUUCAGGUGAUAAUGAUAACAGUACUGAAAGUGAUUCAAAAAGUACAGUUUAUAAAAAAGAAAUUGAAAAUAAUAUACAAACAGAAAAAGUAUGUGAUAAAGAUAAAAUUUUCAAACAAGAAAAUACAAAGAUUGGAGAUAAAGAAACAUUAGAUGAGAAUUCUGAAAAGAACAAGGAUAACAGUAAUACAAUGCAUUCACAAAUAAAUAUUAAAACUGAAGAUUUAAAUGUAGAACAUAAAAUUGAAAAUGAUAAAAAUUUAAACUCUUCUAUAUCUGAUAUUAUAAAAGAUGAACCAUCUGUAUCUGAAGGCUCAACCAAUACUCCAGAGGAUAUGGCUUCUUCCAAAAAUUCUUUGGAGUCAGCAACUAGUAGAUCUUUAUCUUUAUCACAUACAUUAUCUCAGAGUUUGCCCAGUUCUGUGACAAAUACAUUGAAUUUUACAUUACGUCAAACAGGAAUGCCAACUGUAUGUUUGUCUCAUGAUGAAAAUACACAACUAGCAUCAGCAGAUAAAUCAGAGAUCACACCUGAGAUUGCAGCUGAAGCUGAAGAUAAAUCUCAAAGUAGCUUUUCAGCUGACAACUGCAAUGGUAUAUCUCAGUCUGACAACUUAUCCAGUGAUUCCCUUCAGUCAGCUGCUAGUUGUGGAAAUGUUAAAAGUAUUGAAAAUUUUAAUAAAAAUUCUUUAACAUCAAAUGCAGUAGAUUUUGAUGAUGAGGAUGAUGAUGAAGAGGAGGAUGAUAAUGAUGAAAUAAAAUUUACAUCGUCUAUAGCAAAAGAUAAAACUCAUGAGACAAAUAAAUCAGUUACUUCUAGUCCUAAUUCUACAACAAAUACAGAUAAUAUUAUUAUUAAAAUAGAGCCAAAAGAAAUAGAAACUCCUGUUCAUAACGUCAGAUCAUAUGAAAUUAAGAAAGAAGAUAUUGAAAGACCAGCUUGCCAAUUAAUUGCUUUACAGGUAAUUAAACUUUUUUUUAUUACAUAUACAAAAAAUUCAUCAAAUAAUGAUAUUAAAUUUGAACAAAAAAUUACUGAAAUUCAUGCUGUUGAAAAGCAUCAAAGUAUUAAAUCUGAAGAAUAUGAAAGAAUAAUGAAAGAUCCAGUUUUAACAAUGGAAGAAAAAGAAAUUGGUCAAGAAUGUGUAGAUAACAUAAACCAAAAUGUGUUAUUGAAACAGUUGUUACAGAAUUGUCCUUCAGCAGAAACACAGAGAAAAGCUGAUCAUUUUGAGGUAAAUUUCAUUUUAAUUUCAGAUAUUCGUCGUGCACAGUUAGAAAAGGAGCCUACUCCUCCACCAGAAGAAUUAAAACCAAAACGUAAACGUGCCAAAAAGAAAAAACCUGAAGGUAAAGAUGGCUCUCCGUGUAAAAAACGAAUUAGGAAAGGAUCGAUUUCAAAAAAUGAGGAAGAUUUUGAUACAUACAUGGAAACUAUGAUGGCUCAAUUGAGAUCUCUUCCACCUAUAAGAAUACUUGAACCUAACAUUAAACCAAAUUUUAGUGUUUGUCCAAUAUUUGGAAGUGGGGAUUUAAAUUUAAAAGAAAAUCAACUUCGAGGAAGUUAUGGCCAUUCUUGUCUUCCAAGUCAAGGAGAUUUUUAUUCUACUUAUCCGUUUGGAAGUAAUCCUCCAACACCACCUGCUUCUUUACCUCCCACUCCACCUCCAUUUCGCAAUUACUAUUCACAGGAAUUUUCUCAUCGUUCAAGAGAUAGAGGAAGAAUUGAUAUUCCAGCCUCUCUUCCAACUCCUCCACCAUAUCUAGAUUCUCAAAGAAUUAUACGUGAUUCUGAUAGUCCAGAUACAAUUAUUUCAUCAUCAUCUCCAGAAUGUGUGUUCUCUGACACAUUUUUAAAAUGGCCUGGUUUACAACUGAUUGAUGAUGGAGGCUCUAAUGAUGAAAGAAAAAUAGCUUCUCCUGUGGUUCCUCUUGUAGCACCUAUUCCUGUUAGAGGUAUUUAUAGAACAAAACCUAUUUUCAUACAAAUGAAACAAAGAAGUGAAAAUGUUCAAAUUACUGACAAAAAAUCAAAUAUAUUGCCAUUUAAAGUGAAAAUGGUGGGAUUAGGUGGUCAUCCUGCUCCAUUAAAAGAUUCAGGAAAUGUAGCAGUAACACUUACUUUAUCAUCUGCUGCUGCUGAAGAUAUUGGAGGUGUUCUUUCUGCUCUGGCUAAUCUUUUGAAAAUAUCACCUCCUUCUUCAUAUGAAAUAGUUGAAAGAACUGCUACUCCACCUAGUCAAAAACUUGGAUUAUAUAAAAAAUCUAAAGAUACAGAUGUAAAUAUUCAAACAUUACUGAAUGGAAAACCAAGAUUUUGUCGUCAUUGUGAUAUUGUUGUUCUAACAUCUGGAAUAAGGAAGAAAGCCUCAGAUUUACUUUUAUCUUCAAGAGAAGAUAUGGAGGAGGAUGAAGUUAUAUUUUGCAGUACAAAUUGUUACAUGCAGUUUGCAUUAACUCAUCGUUCUACUUCGUCAUCAGAAAAGGAAGCUGCAACAAUUGUUAAUCAUAUAAGUGACAUCAAAACAAAACAAGCAAAAUGUGAUGAGAAAGAAACUAUCAGUGAGAAGAUUAUUCAUACUACUUGUCCAAAUGAUUCAUUUACAGAAAAAUCUGAAAAUAAAAUCUCUCAAAGUACAAUACUAGAAAAAUCUGUUUUUUCAAAAGAAUUACAAAUGUCUUAUAAAAGUGCUUUUAAACAAAAUAAUAAAUCUGAAAGAGAAUAUGAAAUUCCAGUAACUGUUCCAUCAAGAGAAUAUUCAACUGAUGAUGAACAACAUAUUUUACCAGAAAGUGCCUCUGAUGAAGAACAGACAUCACAGAAUGUUGAUACUCGAAAGCUAAUGUCGCAAGAUCAUCAUCAGGAGCCUCCUGUUAAAAAAUGGAAAGGUACCAAAUGGAAAUUGUGGACUUAUGCUAAUAUUAAAUCCCCAAAGUAUAGAGAAACCUCAGCAGAAGAAAUGGGACAAGUAUAUGAGAGCGACAAGGAAGAAGACAUAACAGAUAUCAUUGGACAUUGGGGUAAAUGGCAGUUGUUCUUGAUGAUGCUUAUAAUAUAUAUGAACAUUCCUAACGAAUGGUACAUGUUUGGAAUGGCUUUUAUGGCACCGAAAAUAAAUUAUUGGUGCACGACACCAUUAAACAGUUCUAAUACUACCACUGAAAAAUGGAAAAAUUUUACUAUUCCGUUGGAAGAAAUUGUCGAUAAAGAGAAACCUAAUCAGUGUGAUACUAUGUUAUGUCCUCAACAUUUAUCAAAAAUGGCUAAUCCUGAAAAUGAACUAGAAUCUGUGGCAGUAUAUAGAAGAGUUUAUGUAAAUAGAGAUGAGCAUAAACAGGUUGCAAGCAUGAUACAUCAGGGAGAUCAACAUCUUAUAAGAAUUGGCAGUCUUAUAUUUUUAAAUAUUGGUCAGCUUUUACCUCAUCAAAUGCCUGCAUUUCAUACAUCAAAUUGUAUUUAUCCUGUUGGCUAUAAAGUUAUUCGAAUGUAUUGGAGCAUGCGAUCAUUGGGAAAAAGGUGUCAAUAUAUUUGCAGUAUUUGUGAUAUUGAAGGUCGACCUCAAUUUCGUAUUCAAGUUAGAGAACAUGAUUGUGACGAUAUUUUAUUAAAUGACAUAACUCCAAAAGGUGUAUGGCAAAAAGUUUUGGAACCAAUUGAAAAAAUGAGAAAACAAGCAGAAACAAUUAAAGUAUUCCCUAAUUUUAUUUCUGGAGAAGAUUUGUUUGGUCUUACUGAACCAGCUAUUCUUCGUAUAUUAGAAUCUCUUCCAGGAGUAGAAACACUUAGUGACUAUAAUUUCAAAUAUGGUCGAUCGCCAUUUCUUGAAUUACCUUUAGCAAUUAAUCCAACUGGUUGUGCACGUACUGAGCCAAAACUAAGAACUCAUUUCAAAAGGCCUCAUACUUUACACACCAGCAAUACUUCCCGUUCUUCUCUUCAGUCUUCUCUUGGUGGAGUAGAAGUUACGUCUCCAUAUAUUAAGCAAUUUGUUCAUUCCAAAUCUUCUCAAUAUCGAAAAAUGAAAACAGAAUGGAGAAAUAAUGUUUAUCUUGCCAGGUCACACAUUCAGGGUCUUGGCUUAUAUGCUGCUAGAGAUAUAGAAAAACAUACAAUGGUUAUAGAAUACAUUGGCCAACUUAUAAGAAAUGAAAUAGCUGAGAGAAAUGAAGCUAUAUAUGAAGCACAGAAUAGGGGUGUGUACAUGUUCAGAUUGGAUGAAAAUAGAGUUAUUGAUGCUACUUUGUGUGGAGGAUUGGCCAGAUAUAUGAAUCAUUCAUGUAAUCCUAAUUGUGUAGCUGAAGUUGUACAAAUUGACAGAGAAAAUAAAAUUCUCAUUAUUGCAAACAGAAGAAUUACGCGAGGAGAAGAGUUAACGUAUGAUUAUAAAUUUGAAGUCGAAGAUGACCAGCAUAAGAUUCCUUGUCUUUGUGGUGCACCAAAUUGUCGGAAAUGGAUGAAUUAGUGAUUUUGUACUGCAACUAGAUAUUUUUUCAUCAACAAUCCCAACAUAAAUUUGUUUGGAUUAUGUAAAUAUUUCGUGUUCAUCGACUCUUACCAUUUUCAACAAUAACGGCCUUACUGUCGUCAUUCCAAAAACUCAAAACAAAGACAUUAAUCGACAGUCUCAAAUCGUGUAAGAUAUUCACCACUCAUAAUUCAUUAAAUACAUCCGUGCUGUAAAAAAUCUAAAUUUAUUAGCCGGAUUUGUACAGUAAAAUUAUCAAACAUUAUUUACAGGAAAAAAAUAAUAAUGAUGAUGCGUGACUCAGGAAAAUAUGAGAUUUUGUAUAGAUAGCAUUAUUUUUAUGUUCAUGUUUAUUUAGUUUAGUAAAAAAAAAA